UAAUCCAAAACUCUCUUGUACGAAAAAAAACACAAACACUAAACCAAAACAUUAAAAAAAAACUUUUUUUUUUUGUAAGAAAAGAAAAAACCUUGCCGGAGAUAUGAAUUUUCCGGCGAUAUUUACUUCACCGGAAAUUAACAAUGCUCGUCUCUCCGAUCACCGUCGUCAUGUCUUCCACGAAACUCCUUUUCUUCUAACCAUAACUUUCUUAGCCUAGAAGAGAAAAAAAAUUAACUCUAGUAUAUAUAUAAACAUAGAUAUAUAAUUUUCUUUUUUCUUUUUCUCUUUUUUGCUUUUGUGAAGAACAUGCAUAACUUGUGACUAUGAGUUAUUGACUUUGUUGACUAGCUUGUAAUUUUGACUCUUCAAUUUAAAGCUAGCAUUUUUCUUGUUUGAGAAGAAGAUUAAUGGCUCCGUUGAAGAUCCAACCGAUUGACAUAGAUUCAGAGAAAGCCACUACGGAACUGGUUCGAAAUGAACCAGUUUCGAAGUGGAGGUUGAAGAGGUUUUUCGCUUUCGAGAAACCUUUUCCGAAGAACAAUACCACUAAAGAUGGUGCUGGUGGAGUUGCUGAGUUGGAACCAAGCUCUGUUUGCUUGGCGAAAAUGGUUCAAAGUUUCAUGGAAGAACAACCGCAACCGCAACUUCAACCACCGUCUCGUAACCGCUGUAACUGCUUCAACGCUAACAGCUCCGACGAAGAUGAUUUCGAUUUCAACGGCUAUACACAUGAAUCAGUCACCGAUUCAACUGACUCACUCAAGAAUUUGAUUCCUUGUGUAAGUGUUGAAGAACGGAAUUUACUAUCCGAUGCAACAAAAAUUGUUGAGAAGAAUAGCAAAAUUUACAAAAGGAAAGAAGAUUUGAUUAAGAUCGUUGCUGAAAAGCUUCAAUCUCUUGGUUACGAUUCAUCCAUUUGCAAAUCAAAAUGGGAGAAAACAAAUUCAUGUCCUGCUGGUGAUUAUCAAUUCAUUGAUGCGAUUGUGGAAGGUGAAACGUUGAUUAUUGAUAUCGAUUUUCGAUCGGAAUUUGAAAUCGCGAGAUCUACAAGUCAGUAUAAGACGAUUCUUCAAUCGCUUCCGUAUAUUUUCGUCGGCAAAAAGGACCGGUUGAAGCAGAUCGUCACCGUCGUGUCGGAGGCGGCGAAGCAGAGUUUGAAGAAGAAAGGAAUGCAUGUUCCGCCGUGGAGGAAGCGUGAUUACAUGUUAGCGAAGUGGAUCUCUCCGUCGGCAGCUAGGUCAAAGCAAGUCUCCGAUGCGGCGGCGGUGGAAACAGUUUCAUCGGUGGUGGAUAAUGAGUCUGGUGAAUUGGAGCUGAUUUUUGGUGAGAUUGGUGAGAAAGAGUCGCCGGAGGAGGUAGUUACGGCGGAGACAGCGAUGGCGAGUCCUGCGUGGCAGUUACCGGCGGUGAAACCGAAGAGUGGUGAAAGAGGAAUGAAGGUUGUGACUGGAUUAGCCUCUUUGCUGAAGGAGAAACCAUAGAAUAAAAUUUUGUUUAAUUUUUUUUUCUUUUUUCUUUUUUGAUCGUGGAUUAAAAAAAUUAUAAAAAUUAAAGAGAAAUUUCGGAUAAGGCUUUUUAUUUUUUUAUUUUUGAAAUAUUUUUGGUUUUUAUGUCCUUGUUUUUUUGUUUACAAGGAAAAAUCUCUGUAAGAAGCAACUUUUUCUUUUCUUUUUUUUCCUUUUCUUUUGGCUUUUUGGACACAGUGUAAGAAAGUACUAUAUUCUCUGUAAUAAAAUAAAUUAGUUUUAGUGUUAUCAUAAUGAUUAGUACCAUCUAUAGUUUAA